AUGGAGAUGGUGCUGAUCUUUCUCUGCAGCCUGCUGGUCCCCGCUGCCCUGGUCAGCGCUGCCGCCGAGCAGGAGAAGGAGAAAGAGAAGGACCCCUUCCACUAUGACUACCAGAGCCUGAGGAUCGGGGGGCUGGUGUUCGCCGUGGUCCUCUUCCUGGUGGGGAUCCUGCUUAUCCUGAGCCGCAGGUGCAAGUGCAAGUUUAAUCAGAAGUCCCGGGCACCCGGAGAAGAGGAGGCGCAGGUGGAGAACCUCAUCGCAGCUAAUGCCACCGAGCCCCAGAAGGCAGAGAAUUGAGGGGUCACCGUCCUCGGGGAAGACCCCCAGAACGGGAGCCGCUGCUGGAGCCUGGGAAGCCCCUGCAGGCGACG